UUUAUUUUUAAUUUUUCUCUUUUUUUGCUGUCGGUCGAGAGUGGUCGAGUAUGGGGAAUGAUUGACAGGUCCCUAACCAAACGUUUGCAGUGGGAGGGCUUUAGGGUAGGUUCUGUUUCCGGAAGCAACGACACACAGACACACAGACACACACACACACACACGUGUGGAAUAAGCUGGCGUUCAACGCUGUCCGUACUCUAGUGAUUAUCACCAGACGCAGUACCUGCCUGGAACUCGGGUCCGUUAAGAAGUCCCUGCAAGUGUUUGGCAGCUGUCAGACAAGAAGCGUUUCCCAGAGCCACAUCUGUCUCUUGCCUUGCCUCAGCUCCACAAACAACGCUAUUAAGUCAGUAGCAUCGUUUUCUAGGCCAUUAAUCUUGGCUCUGAUGGCUGAGUCUGAGCCUGUGCCUGUUCCUGUCCAGUUGGGAGAAAAGAGAGGCUGUCCAGAGGAUGAAGAGGAAGACACGCCAUCAAAGAAACCCAAAGUUGAGAGCGAUCACGAGAAUGGAGGCCCUCCCCACCAAGAUGAGGAGGAAGAGCCAGAGGGUGAAACAAAUGAUGGAGAGGAGGAUGGUGAGACCUUUGCUGAUAUGAUGAAGUAUGGCCUCACUGAGUUGGAUGUGGGCAUCCUGAAGUAUGUCAGUGACCACGAGGGCUUCUCAGGAAUCCUGAAGGAAAGAUAUUCUGAUUUUGUGGUGCAUGAAAUCAACAAAGAAGGCAAGAUCUUGCAUUUAGAUGACCUCUCUAUCCCUGCAGAGGCAGAGGAAGUCCCAGAGGCUCAGUCGCAGCCAGAGGAAUCUGACGUGCUGACUGAAGAGCAGAAAAAGCAGCUUGGGGAGCUGCAGCACUUUAAGAAUAAAGAGGACAAUGUCUCUAUUGAGGUGAUGGAUGAUACUAAAGAGAAGCGGACGCUGGUCCACAAAGCCAUCAAGACUCAGUUUGCUGGUCUGGAGACAAAGACAGAAGAGAAGGAAGGACGCAAGUUCAUAGUGGCCUACCAUGCUGCUGGGAAGAAAGCUCUAGCUGAGGUCAAAGCAACUGCAGCUCCAAGGAAACACUUCUGGCCCAAAAACCGGGGCAGUUUCUGCCACUUUGUCCUGUACAAGGAGAACAAGGACACCAUGGACGCUAUCAAUGUGCUAUCAAAGUUCCUCAGGCUUAGACCCAACAUGUUUUCCUACAUGGGAACCAAGGACAAGAGAGCCAUCACUGUGCAGGAGAUUGCAGUGCUCAAGAUCACAGCAGAGAGGUUGGCUCAUCUCAACAAGUGCCUCAUGAACCUCAAGCUGGGAAACUUUUGCUACAAAAACCACCCUCUUAAACUGGGAGAGCUGCAGGGAAACCACUUCACUGUGGUCAUCAGGAACAUCUCAGGGACCGAUGAGCAGGUCGCUCAGGCCAUGACAUCCCUCAGGCAGACAGGCUUCAUCAACUACUAUGGCAUGCAGCGCUUUGGCACCACAGCUGUGCCUACACAACAAGUUGGCAGAGCUAUCUUGAAAGAUAACUGGAAAGAGGUGGUGGAUUUGAUUCUGAAGCCUCGUCCUGGAGCGGAGAAAGAGUUCCUGGUCCGCUGCAGGGAGGAGUGGGCAAAGACUCAGGAUCCAGAGGCAGCCCUGAAAAAGCUGCCCAACAAGCGCUGUGUGGAGGGGCAGCUGCUGCGGGGCCUGUCUAUGUAUGGCAAGAAGAACAUCGUCACUGCUUUUGGACUGAUCCCUCGUAACAACCGUCUGAUGUACAUCCACAGCUACCAGAGCGUGGUGUGGAACACCAUGGUGAGCCGGAGAAUCGAGGCCUUCGGUCUGAAGGCUGUGGAGGGGGACCUGGUGCUUAAAGGAACCACAGCACACGUGCUGUCUGCAGAGGAGGCCGAGAGUCGCUCCAUCCAUGACAUCGUAAUGCCACUUCCUGGGUUUGAUGUCAUCUACCCCUCUCAUCAUGUGGGUAAAGGUUACAGAGAGCUGCUCUCUGCAGACGGGUUGGACAUCGACAACAUGAGACACAAAGUGAAGGACUACUCUCUGGCUGGAGCGUACAGACGCAUCAUUAUCAGACCCAGUGAUGUCAGCUGGGAGGUGAUUAAAUACGAUGACCCCAGGAUCUCCCUGGUGCAUAGUGAUUUUGAGAAACUGGAGAACAAACCUGCUCCUGUCUUCAACAAUGAGGGGAAGUAUCGAGCUCUGCGGAUGGAGUUCUCCCUGCCUCCCUCAACCUACGCCACCAUGGCAAUCAGAGAGGUCCUCAAGUUGGACACUAGCAUCAAGAAACAGACACAGCUCAACACCACCUGGUUCAACUGAGACCAAAACACACCGGCACAAACUGGACUGCUGCUGCAGGCUGCAAAGCACCUGUCUACUGUGGCUACUAACUGUUGUGAGUGUUUUUAAAUGUGUUAUGCCGCGUGUGACAGUGAGAGCAAUUGGGUUCGGUGUGAAGCCAAAAGGUUAUUUCUUUGGAGUACAAAGAGCAACAAUUUAUCAUUAUUCAACUUUUUUUAAGUGUUUCUGUGCUGCUAUGAUUCAGCAUAUUUUGACAAUGAUUUAAGUAGACUUUUCUGCUUUCAGGCUGCUGUCUCAUACAGUAAUCCCUGGUGCACAGGGUGCUCAGCAAGCCCUCUUUGUACAGAAAUAUGAGUUUUUCUUUUUUAACUUUAAGCUAAAUGUGUAAAUUGAAAACUCUUGAAGAGAGAAAUUAAAAAUGUUGAGUUAA